CUACAGCUCGCUCGCAGCCUCCUCCCUCAGUCUGCCCCAGACUCCACACAGGCACACACUCCUCAGACAGGAAGGUGAGUGACUCCAGGUCAAAAUGACCGAGCGCUACGAUUGCCACUACUGCAAGGAGUCCCUGUUUGGGAAAAAGUACGUUCUGAGAGAGGAGAAUCCCUACUGUGUGAAAUGUUACGAGAGCCUGUACUCCAACACCUGCGAGGAGUGCAAGAAGCCCAUUGGCUGCAACACCAGGGAUCUGUCGUACAAGGACCGCCACUGGCACGAGGAAUGCUUCAUGUGCUUCCAGUGCAAGCGCUCGCUGGUGGACAAGCCGUUCUCCACCAAGGAUGAAAAGCUCCUCUGCACUGAGUGCUACUCCAACGAGUACUCCUCCAAGUGCCACCAGUGCAAGAAAACCAUCAUGCCGGGCUCCAGGAAGAUGGAGCACAAGGGGAACAGCUGGCACGAGACCUGUUUCACCUGCCAGAGAUGCCAGCAGCCCAUCGGCACCAAGAGCUUCAUCCCUAAGGACAAUCAUAACUUCUGUGUGCCCUGCUAUGAGAAGCAAUUCGCCAUGCAGUGUGUGCACUGCAAGAAGCCAAUCACCACCGGCGGGGUGACCUACCGUGACCAGCCCUGGCACAAGGACUGCUUCCUGUGCACCAGCUGCAAGCAGCAGCUGUCUGGCCAGAGGUUCACCUCUAGAGAUGACUUUGCCUACUGUCUCAACUGCUUCUGCAACCUUUACGCCAAGAAGUGUGCCUCCUGCACCACCCCCAUUAGCGGCCUCGGAGGCAGCAAGUACAUUUCCUUUGAGGAGCGCCAGUGGCACAAUGACUGCUUCAACUGCAAGAAGUGCUCCGUGUCCCUGGUUGGCCGUGGCUUCCUCACUGAGCGUGAUGACAUCCUGUGCCCAGAGUGCGGAAAGGACAUCUAAGUCGGUCUAAAGGACGACGGAUACUUCUGAUUGGAUGACGACGAUAUGAUAGAGAUAAAUACUAUGAGAGCACAGAGCGUAGCAUCCAUAGCAUCUUUACAGCCUAGCAUUACAAUGAAAUGUACAUUGAUUUAUGCCAUAAUACAAACUACUAACAGUGUUAUCUGAAUUUAGGAAUUUUAUUUAAUUAAGUUAAAUAUUCACUCUGAGAAAAAAAGUUAUCACUAAUAAAACUGUAAAGAUCUUUGCUUAUGAAAUGCAACAUACUGCAGAUAAACACUCUAUGAAGCAUUUUAAAAGACUAUCUUCUUUGAAGUGUAACAUUAAUUACCGCUUCGUGCAUGGACUUGCUUGUUGCUGUUAUUAGUGGAGAUUUUGUGAAUGAGUUCUGCUGUUACCAAUUAAAUAUUUCAAGACUG